AUGACAGCGUUUGACUUCUCGGAUAUAGAGGCGUUUUUGGACUGCCAUCCGGAUCUGUUCGAGGAGUAUCUCGUUCGGAAAGCGAAAUGUGACCAGGUUAGCAGGUGGCUGAAGGAGUAUCAGCCGUCGAAAGUGUCCUCUGUCGAGGAGAAGCGGGGCGCUGCCAUGGACCCGCUCUGGCCGACCAACGCUGACGGGCUCGGGCGCAGAUCGUCCCACAUGGAGCUGCGACGGAACUUCGCUCGGUCCAAAGCCACCACUGCACACUGGACAUACGACGAGCAUGUGAGCUUGAGCGAACACGAGUCCCAGUCCAGCAUGAGGCGCCGCGCGCUCCUGCGUAAAGCCAGUUCACUGCCUCCGACAACCGCGCACAUCCUGAGCGCCCUGCUGGAGUCCAGGGUCAGUGUGCCUCAGUACGCAUCCAGCGCCAUUGACUACAAAUACAGACUUAAAGAAACCAACGAGAGGGAGUUUUUCUUAGAGUUAGUGAAAGAUAUCUCCAACGAGCUGGACUUAACAAAUCUCAGUUAUAAGAUCCUGAUCAAUGUCUGCAUCCUUGUGGAUGCAGACAGGUGUUCGCUUUUCCUCGUUGAAGGACCCGCUCACAAGAGGACACUGGUUUCCAAGUUCUUUGAUGUGCACUCAGGCACCACAGUCAGGCCAUCAUCCAGCACUCUUAACUCCAGUGAAGUGCAAGUGCCAUGGGGGAAAGGUAUCAUUGGAUAUGUGGCAGAACAUGGAGAGACUGUAAACAUCUCAAACGCAUAUGAGGAUCAUCGCUUCAGUGAUGAGAUUGACAAGUUGACCGGCUACAAGACUCAGUCCAUCCUCUGUAUGGCCAUCUGUAACAGUGAUGGAGAAGUCAUAGGUGUUGUACAAGCAAUUAACAAAAAUCCAAUAGGCACCGCCUUUACCGAGGAUGAUGAGAAGGUGCUGCAGAUGUAUCUACCAUUCUGUGGAAUAUCGAUUUCCAAUGCUAAGUUGUUUUCAGAAUCUCGCAAGGAGUAUGAAAGGAGCAGGGCUUUGCUAGAGGUGGUCAAUGACCUGUUUGAGGAACAAACUGACCUGGAAAAGAUUGUCAGGAAGAUCAUGCAGCGAGCGCUGACUCUGCUGCAGUGUGAACGCUGCUCUGUGCUUCUUCUGGAGGACAUUGACUCACCUGUUGUAAAGUUCUCCAAGACGUUUGAGCUCAUGUCUCCUUUGUGCAACAUGGAUCGUGACACUAGCAUGGAGAAACUAUCCUGUUCUGACUGGCUAAUCAAUAACAGCAUUGCUGAGCUGGUGGCUUCAACCGGUCUGCCUGUUAACAUCAGUGAUGUGUGUCAGGACCCACGCUUUGAUGCUGAGGCAGAUCAAGCUUCGGGGUUUCACAUUAGAUCAGUGUUAUGUGUUCCUAUCUGGAAUCGAACUCAUCAGAUAAUUGGGGUUGCACAAAUUCUGAACCGUCUGGACAGGAAGACCUUCGACGAUGCAGAUCAGAGGCUGUUUGAGGCAUUUGUGAUAUUCUGUGGCCUUGGAAUCAACAACACAAUGAUGUACAAUCAAGUUAAGAAGACGUGGGCCAAACAGUCAGUAGCACUGGAUAUGCUGUCCUAUCAUGCUACCUGUUCCAAGGUAGAAGUUGACAGACUUAAGGCUGCCAAGAUCCCCCUGAGCAGUGAGUUAGGCAUUGAUGAGUUUCACUUCAACGACUUUUCUUUGGACAAUGACGCCAUGAUCACAGCUUCUCUCAGGAUGUUUCUCGAACUUGGUGUUGUCCAAAAGUUUAAAAUUGACUAUGAGGUUUUGUGCCGCUGGCUUCUAACUGUGAGGAAGAACUAUCGAACUGUGGCAUAUCAUAACUGGAGGCAUGCUUUCAACGUGUCGCAGUGCAUGUUCGUUAUGAUCACGACAGCAAGUUUCCAGGAUGUCCUGUCUGAUGCAGAGAUACUGGCGCUGAUGGUCGGCUGUUUGUGCCAUGACCUGGACCACCGAGGCACCAACAAUGCAUUUCAAGCUAAGACAGGUUCUGCUCUGGCUCUGCUUUAUGGGACAUCAGCCACCCUGGAGCAUCAUCACUUCAACCAUGCAGUCAUGAUCCUGCAAAGUGAGGGUCACAAUAUCUUUGCAAACCUAAGCUCUAAAGAGUAUAGCAACAUGAUGCAACUAUUGAAGCAGGCUAUUCUCUCCACAGACCUUACUUUGCACUUUGAGCGCAGAACCAAGUUUUUUGAGUGUGUUCUGUCUGGAGAGUUCAGCUGGACUGAUGAAGGACACAGAGAAGUUCUCAGGUCUAUGCUGAUGACAGCAUGUGAUCUGGGCGCGGUCACUCGUCCCUGGAAAAUCUCUAAACAGGUUGCAGAACUGGUGACGAGUGAAUUCUUCGAGCAAGGUGACAGGGAGCGAUCAGAGCUUAAGUUAAUCCCAGCAGCAAUCUUUGAUCGCAAUCGCAAAGAUGAACUACCUGCCUUACAGCUUGAAUGGAUUGAUGGGAUCUGUAAACCUCUUUACCAGGCACUGCUGAAACUCAACAGAAAGUUACAGCCAAUGACAGAUGGCAUUGAUGCCAAUCGAGAGAAGUGGCAGGAUCUCUGCUUAUCCUAUCAGCAGACACGCAGAGCCUCAGUGUCCAAUCAGUGUACAGAAUCAGGUCAGAACGCUGAGUCAGGUGAAGAUGGAGAAACCCCGGAGUCUACAGAGACUGUAAAGCCAGUCAAAAACUCCCAGUGUAGGUCAAAGUGCAGUUAGGAUCUAACAUGCAGAGAAAACAAGGAGGCUUGUGACGAUAAAACCACAGGUGAAAACAUAACAUCUGCACGAAAGAAGUCAAGCUUUCCAUUAAAUGGAAAACAUUCAGAUGUCCUCUGAUUUUAUAAGAAAUGCACUACCCACUAUUGGUAAAUGAAAUGGAGUUUUCAUCUGUUGAGCACCCCAAACAUCACUAUGCUAAACUCAGGACUGAGAUUUAUCCCCAUUGGUCAGACUCACUCAUCUGUACCUAUGUAUCUAGGCUAUCUGAAAGCUUGUCAUUAGAUGAUUAAGAAUUAGGGAUUACUGAAACCAAAGAAGGUCUCUUAAUACUAGAACUGUUUUUUGUUUUGUUUUUUAAACUGGGAACUGUCUCAAAAAUCCCAAACCUAUUGGAAUGCCUUUACAAAACAAAAAAAAAAAUCACUGUGACAUGUCAGAUAAAUUGCCAUUAUGAAUGUUUACUGGAGCAUGAUUGUGUUCCUGAAUGUUACUCACUGAUCAGGCUGUGUUAUCUCAGUUGCAAGUCUUUGGCUAUAUGGCAUAAUUUUCAGUGUUUGUGGGUUAAUCGAGCUGUUUGACCGUCAACUUGUGUGAAUUGCACGUACAGCAUGUCUCAUAUCAGUAACACAUUGCCACCAGUAGUACAUAAGCUCAACACAGGAGAUUACUGUUAAAAUCCAAACUCUGCAGACUUGUUGUAUAUGUGUGUGUGUGUGUGUUUCGUUUUCAGACUCACAGAAUGUUUAAUGAAAGCUCACAAAGCUCAAAAACAGAUGAAUGUGCAGUAAGUCUGUGUCCAUGUGUACAGUUCAGUGUCAGAUCUACUUUCUCUUUAUAUGUGCCCCGAUUGUAACUGUAAGCAUUAGUGCUAGACAGCGUGCUAAUUUUAUUGUUUAUGGUUUUUAAACUGCACAUAGUGGCAUGAGUUUGUCUUGGUCUUGUUAAGAAGGAAGACUUCUCAAUGACUGAACUAUGGCCUUUACAAGAUUACAGUGUUGUACAUAUAUGAUAUGGGAAAAUGUCCAACUAGAAGUUUUAACAAUUUCAUAAAGCAGAUUGUGCAUACACAGUUCAGUAAAAAAGUACCUGCCCCUUCUUGUUUUCUCAGUUUUUUGCAUAUUUGUCACACUUGCAUGUUUCAGAUUGUCAAACCAAUUUUAAUAUUAGAUAAAGAUAAAUAUAAAAUGCAGUAAAAGAUUAUUUAAUUUAUUAAGGGGAAAAAAGUUAUUCAAUUCUUCCUGGCCCUGUGUGAAAAACCAAUCCUAUUAAACUAACACAGCAUUUCACAUAAAGAAUACCAACAGUCAGACAUGGUGGUGUGAUGGUCUGGGGCUGCUUUGCUGCUUCAGGACCAGGAUGACCUGCUGUAAUUGAUGGAACCAUGAAUUCCGCUCUCUAAAAGAAAAUCCUGAAGGAGAAUGUCCGGUCAUCAGUUCAUGCCCUGAAGCUCAGUCUUACUUGGUUUAUGCAGCAGGACAAUGGUCUGCAACACACCAGCAAAUCCACCUCAGAAUGGCUCAAAAAAACAAAACGAAGGCUUUAGAAUGGCCUACUCAAAGUCUGGACUUCAAUCUGAUUGAGAUACAUUUCCAUAACCUUAAAUGAACCGUUCAUGCUCGAAAAUUCUCCAAUGUGGCUGAGUUAAAAAAAAUCUGCAAUAAAGAGUGGUCCAAAAUUCCUCCACAGCAAUGUGAAAGACUCAUUGCUAGUUAUCACAAACACUUGA